AUGAAGAUUCUCAAUCCGGCAACCUUCCUUCUUAUCUCCAGCAAUUUGAUGCUAUCAGGCGUUGAGGCCGGAUAUUUUUGUAGAAACGGAUUCAUAUCAGAAACCCUCAUAAAUGAACUAAAAAGUUUAGUUUCAGAUUCAUGGGCAACAUUACCCGUGGAAAAUUAUAGAAAUUGGUUUGGUCAAUCUUUUUGGCGUCUUCAUACUCAUGUCAAUUUAGGUGGAGAUCAAGGUGCGUAA